CCUGUGCCGCUGUGGAAGAUUAGUUGGAUCCCAUAGGAGGGGCCAAGGCAGCUUUUUCUGUCUGUAACCCAGAGUCCCAACAAGCCUGUGCAAGGAGCCCUCCACCCUGGGGUGCUCUGCCUCACUAAAGGAUGACCGUGUGUUUGCAGGUCUCUCUAUGAUCCCACCUAGAGAGCGGGGCAGACAGGUACCCUACAGGUUGCUAUGGGAUGGACCAGGAAGAGGAGAACAAAUAUGUAUCCCAGCUUCAAGAUGUAUUUAACAGCUGUGACACCACGGGCACUGGGUACCUGGACAAAGAAGAGCUGACAGACUUGUGCCGCAAGCUCCAUCUAGAUGCCCAGUUACCUCUUCUCCUACAGACUCUACUGGGAAAGGAUAUUUUUGCCAGGGUCAACUUUGAUGAGUUUAAAGAAGGCUUUGUGGCUGUGUUGUCCUCCACAAUUGACAUCAGCAUCUCUGAGGAUGAAAGUAGCUACUUAGAACCAGUGAUCCCAGAUGAAGUGAAACCAAAGUUUGUAAAAGGCACGAAGAGGUACGGGCGACGCACACAACCUGAAUUUGAGGCUGCUGAAAAUGAGACCAACAAAUAUAUGCAGGAGCAGCACAAUGUCAAAUGCAAGAGGAAAGGUCAAAUUAGAAGGUCGUCCUCUCUGGAGAGCGUGGAGAGCCUUAAGUCUGAUGAAGAAGCAGAGAGUGCUAAGGAACCACACAAUGAAAACUUUGAAGGUCAAGGUCAACUAAGGGUAUGGGAGUCUGAGUUCUUUGCCAGUCCAGGAAGAAAUGCAAGCCUUUACUGUGACAUGACGGAACACCAGGUACGGGCCAUCUGGGAGGAGCUGGGUGUGGGUUGUAAUGGAUACCUCAACCUACAGGAGCUUGCCACCGUGUGUCAGAACAUUGGACUUAAAGACUUCAGUAAAGAGAAAAUUGAAGACUUGUUUAAGAAGCUGGACCGGGAUGGAGAUGGCAAAGUUAGCUUUGUGGAGUUCCAGUUGGGAUUGUUCAACUAUGCUCCUCUGCCGUUUUCCUCGACACCGCUCCAGCAGAGGCGGCCAUGGGCAUUUUGUCAGUCGGCAGAGGACAGUAGUCGGAAAACGGCCACUUCUUCCCUGCUAUCCAGCUGUGGAGCUAUCCACCUUUUCACCAGCAUUGAUGAUGGAACUGGAUUUGGGAAUCCUGAGCAAAUCAUGAUCAUCUGGGAGGAAGAAGGGAUUGAAGACAGUAAAGACCUAUUAAUGAGCCUUGACUUCAAUUUAGAAGAACGAAUUAACCUUUUGGACCUCACGACUGCCUUGGACAAUGAGUUGAUUGCAGCAAAGAACAGAUUCCACCUUGCAGCUCUGGCUUCCUAUAAACAUGAGCUUCAUUACCAACAUGGCCAGGUUAAUCAGGUGACGAAGGAAAGGGACAAGUUUAAGCAGGACCUGGAGAAGGCAGAGAAGCGAAACCUUCAGCUGGCUGAUGAGGUUGAUGACCACAAUAGUACUAUGGAGCAGCUGAAUGAGAGCAAGAUCAAGGAGUUGGAGCAGGAAUACAGGCAGAGGCUGGCAUUCAUUCGAACCGAGCUGGAGCGGGAGAAGGAUCAGUUCCUGCAGAAUACUGACCAGCAUAGGACCAAAAUGGAGUCAGACUUGGCCAAUUUCCAAGUAGAAGAAGCCUUUCUAAGAGAUAAGCUUAACCUGUCAAUAAAGGAGAACAGCAGGCUACAGAAGGAAAUGGUUGAAAUUGUUGGAAAACUGUCUGAAUCAGAAAAGCUGGUGGAAAAAUUACAGAACACAGUGGAUCGCAUACUAAAAGAAAAGGGGGUCACAGAUCCUCUUCAUUCUGAGAUCUUCGUUCAGGAGGAACACUUUGCAGAGAUUAUCAAGCAAUAUGAAGCACAGUGCAGGGAACUUCGAGAUCAGAAUGAUGAGCUUCAAAUUCAGCUGGAAACCUUACGCUCGCAGCUCAGUGAGAGCAAGUAUUCACGUUUGCUGGCUAGAAUGAAGGACAAUAAAUUGCUACAUCUUAAAGCAAAAGAAAAACACCAUCUGUCCAAUGGUGUUACUGGAAAAAAGGGCCUAUCUACAAGGCUGAGAAGGAGUUCCUCUGCUGCCGGUGCUGAUGUGACCGUCCAGUCGGAGAAUUUGCCCAUGAACAUGGAAACAGAACUGACAAAGCACCAAAUUAAAGAACAGCAACAAGAAAUUCAAGAUCUCAAAAUACAACUGGAAACAAAGGUUAUCUAUUAUGAGAGAGAGGUAGAACUAAUGAAGUCUAAUUUUGAAAAGGAGAGGAGGGAGACCGAGCAGAGCUUUAAGAUGGAGAUUAGCGAAUUGGAGGAACAGAAAGCAGACCUCGAGGGACUAAAUACAAAGUACCAAGAAGUCAUUGAUGGACUGAAAGAGCAGCUAAACAAAUCUGCUCACAUCCAAGAUAUAGAAAAAAAAUUUGAAAAAGAGAGAGUUGAAAUGGAACAGUAUUACGCCACGGAAAUCUCCAUGCUUGGCAAAAAGCUGACCGGUGAGAAGGAACAACUUGAAGAGGAGAUAAAAAGGUUCCACCAGCAAGAACUGCAGACAAUGAGGGAAGAGGCAAAGGAAGAACUGAAUGAAAGGUUAUCAGAGAUUGAAGCUCAGUAUGCUGAUUAUUGCCAGACCAUCUUGCUGCGACACAAUUCUGAAAAGGAAGAGAUUCUCCGAAAACAUAAAGCAGACAAACAAGUAUUGAUGGAGGAGCACACCCUACAGAGAGCUCGUUGGGAAGAACAAGAAAAGGCGACAAUGAUGCAGUGGAAAAAAGAGCUACUUAAACUGGAAGAAAAGCAGAAUGAAGAGCAGGCACUAAUCUGUAAAACGUUCGCUGUAGAGCGAGAACAUAUUGAAAACGAGUACCAUACUCACAUCCAAGGGCUUAAUGAGGAGAUUCAACUUUUAAAUGCACGUCUUACAGAGCAGGGAAGCUUGUCUUGCAGCGGGAAGGGGCAAGUGCAACAAAAGGUGAAUUUGGAGAAUGGACAGCUUGAUGAUGGUGUAGACGUCUGCUUUGGCAGUCCGAAACAGCAGCCAUUUUCUUGCUCUGAUAUUAUGCCAGGUGAUGGCUGGGUUUGUGCAAAAGAUGAAGACCAAUUACUGAAACCUAAAAUGGUCUGUGGCGUCAAUUUGCUAGUAAAUAAAUGUGAGCUUGUAGAGAUGCAAAUAAAACCAAUAGAGGCUCCGCAUCUAAAGGUCCAACAGGUGUUAUCUUUCAAUGCAUCGGAAGAAAAUCUUGCUUUUUUGAAAAGGGCUGAAGAUGAUGCAAUGGUAAAGCUGCAGGAGACGGAGAGCCCAGGGUCCUCUCCUAGAGCGCAGCUGCGGGGUGAAACAAAGGAAAAAGAUGGGCUUCUGAAAAAACAAAAAAGCCUUGAAGUAAAAACACAAUUAGUAAGCCAGUUAAAAGCAAAGGAGGAAGAAUGCUUUUUGUCAGAAGUAAAGGGUGAACAGCUAGAGUCACAGAUGAAAGAAGCCUGUAACGGCUUAGGAGACAAAGGUCUAUGUAGUCAAGUCCUUGUUCAAGAAUGGGAAGAGCUACAGAAACGGGUAGAGGAUUUGCAAAGCUUGGUUUCAGAAUUGGAAUGCAACAGGACUUUAAUGCAGGAAAAAGAACAAGACUUGACAGCUCAGCUGGAGCAAUCUAGGAGAGAAUCCAAUGUGUUAAGAAAUGUUUGCCAAUCGUUGGAGAAUGUGGAGGAAAGACACCUGGUGGAAGAGCUUAUUAACCGAAAUGUCCUGCUGUCUCAACAGCUGAAAAACAAGGACGAUGAAGUAUAUAACCUACAGAGCAAAAUGUUAGAAAAUGUUACCUUCUCCCAACAGAUGGAAGAAGAGGUGAAUGAGAGAGUCCAGCAUGCCAUGAAUGACCUUGAAAGGGAAAAGGACAAUGCAAAAGACAAGCUCUUUGAGUUAGAAGCCUUAGUACGGGAAAUCGAAGCCAGAUCAAGUCUGGAUAACAGGAUGGAGCUCUCCAGACUUUCUGAGGAUAAUUCCGAACUUAAGAAUAAGCUAGAGCGGCUCCAGCAGCAUGUGGGUGACUUAGAAGAUCUAAAUAAUAUGACCAGGCUACACUUGGAAGAUGCUGAGAGAGAGAACAGUAAGCUGCAGAGUGACUUAAAAGAAAUGGACAUACAGAAUAAGAAAUACCAGAAUGAGAUGAGUCAACUGAAUUCCCAUCUAAAUGGCACAGUGUCUGAGAUUCUGGCCAAACAGGAGACCAUCCAGCAGAUAACCAGCAGACUGCAGGAGGUGACACAGCAGAGAGAAGAGGCAGACGCUACUAUAAAACAACUGCAGGAAACCGUUAGUGCUCUGGAGAAAGAGAAACUGCAGCAACUCUUAGAAUGGGAAAAUGUGAGACAGAGAUUAGAACAGGAUCUCCUUAUGUCUAAAAUGGAGAAUGAGAAAUACCAGGAUGAGCUGAGCCAGAUGAACUCUCAGAGCCUCCAGCUAAAUGGCACAGUGUCUGAUCUGAGCACUCAUAACAUGGCCAAACAAGAGACCAUCCAGCAACUAACCAGCAAACUGCAGGAGGUGACGCAACAGAGGGAGGAAGCGGAAGCUGCUAUAAAACAACUGCAGGAAACACUCAGUGCUCUGGAGAAAGAGAAACUGCAGCAACUCUCUGUAUGGCAAAACGAGAGACAGAGAUUAGAGCAGGAAUUGCUAAUGUAUAAAGAAAAGAAUGAUAAAUACCAGGAUGAGCUGAGUCAGCUGAAUUCCCAUGUAAACGGCACGGUGUCUGAUCUAAGCGCUCAGAUUAUGGCAAAACAGGAGACCAUCCAGCAGCUAACCAGCAGACUGCAGGAGGUGACUCAACAGAGGGAAGAGGCAGACGCUGCUAUAAAACAACUGCAGGAAACACUCAGUGCUCUGGAGAAAGAGAAACUGCAGCAACUCUCAGUAUGGCAAAACCAGAGACAGAGAUUGGAACAGGAUCUCCUUAUGUCUAAAGAAAAGAAUGAUAAAUACCAGGAUGACCUGAGUCGGUUGAAUUCCCACAGUCUCCAGCUGAACUGCACAGUGUCUGAUCUAAGUGCUCAAAUUAUGGCCAAACAGGAGACCAUCCAUCAACUAACCAGUAGACUGCCCGAGGUGGCGCAGCAGAAAGAGGAGUCGGACUUUGCAGUAAAACGGCUACAGGAAACCCUCUGUGCCCUGGAGAAAGAGAGACUGCAGCAACUGUCAGCAUGGCAAAACGAGAGCCAGCGAUUAGAGCAGGAACUGCGGAUAUCCAAAGAAAAGGUGUUGGCCUUGGAAGCUCUUGAGGUAGAUGUUUCAAUACUAAUAAAAGAGAAGCAGGAUCUGCAAGAGCAGUGCCAGCGAGUGACUACGCAACUUAAAGAAACCGCAGACAAGGUAAUACAGAUGGAUACAAUAGAAUCUGACCUAAAACAAGCACAGCAGGAAUGUCAAACUCUGAGGACAGUCCAAAACCAACUCAGAGAGCAGUUAGAUGAAUCCCAAGACCAGCUAAUGGAAGCCCAUAUGAAGUUAACGCUGGCCCAGUCUCAGCACAUGAGAGAAGUUCAGCAGCUGAAAGAACAGGUGAGCUCUGCUGCGCCCAUGGACCAACUGAGUCACUUACAGGACAGGCUGUUGCAGGAACAACAGAAAGUUCAACAGAUGCAGGACAAGCUGAGAUUUCACGCGGAGCAGGCCAACAGGCAACUUGCCAUGCAACAGGAAGCUCAUGAGAAGCUUUUGAGGAAGAUGGAAGACCGAAUGGAAAGUGUGGAAAUGAAUUUAAAGAAUUUUCGACUCAUGCUUCAGGAGAAGGUCAGCCAGUUAAAGGAACAGCUGGAAAGGAAUUCUAAAUCAGACCUGCUGCUGAAGGAUCUGUACGUAGAGAAUGCCCAUCUGAUGAAAGCUCUCCAGGUCACCGAAGAGAGACAGAAAGGUGCAGAAAAGAAGAACUAUGUCUUAGAGGAAAAGAUUUUUGCUCUUAAUAAAGUCAUUAAGAAAAUUGCACCUGCAUCACUGGCGGUUUGACCUUCACCCGAAGAUUCUUCAAUACAAUUGCACUCCAGAAUGUGGACAUAAAUGCAAAAGACAUGUUGGGGGGAGUGUAACCUGUACAAGCUUUACGAAUACUUGCUUUUUAUAAGAUUUUUAUUUUUAAUUUAAUUUUUUACUUGACAAUUUCUACAUCAAGCAGCUGUUUAUUAAGUGGAAUAAUUAGAUCCAGGCCAUACUCCGAUGGCUGCUGUGCAGCUUGUUGUAUGAAACAUAAUGUACAUGUCUAAUCAUUCGUAAAUCCAAAUGUCACUAAAGUUAAACAUUUCUGAAAAAUUUUAAAAAAAUAUUUCCAGAAUAAAAUUAAGUGUCUUAAAGAAGCCACCCGAAAAAACAACCCACUUAUCCGAAGAAAGAUUUUAGAUAAUUCUCUCUCUUCAGCCAUCACUAACUUUCUCUGGAUAAUCUAAAAUGACAUAAUUUAAGGUGGCUUUGGUAAUUACUGUCAUUAUCUAUAUCUUCUGCUCCUAUGAUAGGAGAUAAUUUUGCUAAACAGAAAUACUCUAAUUUAAACACUAAAGUAUUUUCUUCUAAAGAUCUAAAAGUGAGCAGGGAUUUAAAUGAAUAAAAGCACUAAUUAUUUUCAGGGUAUAUUACUACCUUAAAAUGCACUCACUAGGACCAGAAUUGUUCUAAGUAAUGACAGAUGUUUGCACAUUAUUACAGUAAGUAUGGGUCUGCCAACAAUGUUCUUAUUUUAUCUAGAUUUUGGAAGUGAUGUUAAAACUUGGUUCAAAAUCUUUUUAUAUGGUGAGAAUGAAAUGCCGAAAUUUUUGCAAACAGCUGGGCUGUAUGACCAUGAUUGUUAAGACCUUCCAAUGCUUGUAUGAAAUAAAAGUGGCAUUUUUA